CCUUCCCACUUGUGUUCUUCCUGUCUAUUUCCUCCUUAUAACUGGUUUAAAUACCCAUUUCUUCUCUGUCGAGUAUGAUCUCAAUUAUUAGAAUUGGGUUUUCAUCAAAAACUAAAAAAAGAUGAAGUUUGGUAAAGAAUUUGCAUCUCAAAUGGUGCAAGAAUGGCAAGAAGCAUACAUGGAUUACAACAGUUUGAAGAAUGUUCUAAAAGACAUUUUGCGUUUUAGACGAAGAAGUUCACCAUCUCAACCAGCUCCAACAGCAAGAUCCGGUUUAAAAAGAAGGGUUUCUCUUUACAGAGCCUUCAGUGGACUCACCGGUAACCGUCAAGAUGAAGUUGGAGAAGAUGAAGUCAUAUUGGUGACUGCAGUUCAAAGAGAUGAAGGAUCUUCUACCAGCCAUUAUCAGACUAAGUUUCUUAUGUCGUCUGAGGUUGGAGGUGAGUACGAGGCUGUGUUUUUUCGACGAUUGGAUGAUGAGUUUAACAGAGUGAUUAAGUUUUAUAAGGAUAAAGUUGAUGAAAUAAUGAAGGAAGCUAAUAAUCUUAAUAAACAAAUGGAUGCUCUUAUUGCUCUUCGUAUCAGAAUUGACAUUCCUUCGAUUGGAUAUUCCAGACCUGCAGUAAUGUCAAGAAUGGAUGUGAUUCAAGAAGUUGAGAUGAAAGAAGAGAGUUUGCCUAUGCCUAAGCCUAAGCCUAUUAGAACUGCUAGUCCAAUUGAGGUAUUGGAUCAUGUGAAGAUUAACGUUGAAGCCGAAUCACCAGUAUCAACAUUGAAAAAAAUCUUCAAACGUUCGAAUUCUGGUUUGAACAUGAACAAGGAAGAAUUAAGUAAAGUUGAACAUAUCCUAAAACAAGCUUUCAUUGAGUUCCAUCAACAACUUAGACUUCUCAAGAGUUACAGUUUCUUGAACCAAUUGGCAUUCUCUAAGAUCAUGAAAAAAUAUGAUAAGAUCACUUCAAGGAAUGCAUCAAAGGCUUACUUACAAACCAUAGACGAUUCUUUUCUAGGCAACUCCGAUGAGGUCUCGAGGCUAAUAGAACGAGUAGAAGCCACCUACAUAAAGCAUUUUUCGAAUGGUAAUCGAAGAAAAGGAAUGAAAACUUUGCGCCCGCAAGCUAAACGAGAAAAACACAGGAUCACAUUCUUUAUGGGCUUGUUCUUUGGAUGUUCAAUUGCACUUUUAUUGGCUAUUGUUGUGCUCAUGCGUAUAAAUAGUAUUCUCAAUACUGCUGGUGGAACAAAAUACAUGGAUAGCAUAUUCCCACUUUAUAGUUUUUUCGGGUUCAUCGUGUUGCAUAUGCUGAUGUAUGGAGGAAAUAUAUACUAUUGGAGGCGAUACCGAGUGAAUUACUCGUUUAUAUUUGGAUUCAAACCGGGGACUGAAUUGGGUUAUAGAGAAGUUCUUCUUCUUGCUUCAGGACUUUCACUUAUAACAUUGAUUGCAGUAAUUUCUAACUUUGAAAUGGAGAUUGACCCAAUGACUAAAAGCUUCCCAACAUUGACUGAACUUGUUCCUUUGGGUUUAUUGACAGGGUUAAUUCUAGUAGCUUUCUGCCCUUUCAACAUCUUAUAUCGUUCUAAUCGGUUUUUCUUCAUCAAGUGCGCGUUUCAUUGUCUAUUGGCUCCACUUUAUAAGGUUACCCUCCCGGAUUUCUUCUUGGGUGAUCAGCUUACUAGCCAGGUACAAGCUUUGAGAUGUCUUCAAUUCUACGUUUGUUAUUAUGGUUGGGGCGACUUCAGGAAGAGAGACUCAGUCAUAUGCAGUAAAAGUGGUAUUUUCGAUGUCUUCACAAUAGUUGUCGCAGUUAUUCCAUAUUGGAUACGUUUUCUUCAGUGUGUGAGGCGUUUGGUUGAGGAGAAGGACAAGGCUCAUAUCUUGAAUGGGAUAAAAUAUUUCUCAACGAUAAUAGCGAUAACAUUUAGAGCGUUGAAUGAGCAGAAGAAUUGGGCAUCACCAAUAUGGAAGCUUAUGGCAUUAAUAAGUUCAAUUAUUGCUACACUUCUUGCAACAUAUUGGGACAUCGUUGUUGAUUGGGGACUACUAAGAAGUAAAUCUAAGAAUCGAUGGUUGAGGGAUAAACUCGUCAUUCCACAAAAACGAGUAUAUUUUAUAGCAAUAGUGGCGAAUAUGAUAUUGAGAGUUGCGUGGAUGCAAUCGGUUCUAGGUAUAAAUAAAGUGCCUUUCUUCCAUAGACGAGCUCUAAUUGCCAUCGUCGCAUGCUUGGAGAUAAUAAGACGUGGCAUUUGGAAUUUUUUCAGGUUGGAGAAUGAACAUUUGAACAAUGUUGGAAAGUAUAGGGCAUUCAAAUCAGUACCAUUGCCUUUCAACUAUCACCAGAGCCAUCCUUAAUUAAUAGUAAAUUAAUUUAUCCUUUUUUUGUUUUGUUUUUCUUCUUUGGUGUAUUUAUUUUUUCAAGAGUAGAAGAAAAUAAGGUAUAAGCAGUGAAUUUGUACAACAAAAUACAUAGUCAAAUGGUUUAAAUUGAUUUUAGAAAAUUUAUUAUUAAUUUAGGUUU